ACCCACGGCGUCACGCGCAGCUGCCAGCAGCGGCUCUGCUGGGAGAUGUAAUUUUGCCAAUCCUCCGCUGGAGGCAGUGUCGUGUCUCGUCGGGCCCUCAGACUCAGUCGAAAGCCGAGAAGAAGGCGCGCCCUGCCCGCCACUGCACCGCAUCUAUUUCGCUAGUUUUCCAUUCCAUUCAUUGAUGUGUAUUGUGUAGACCUAGAAAAACAUAUCGGACGUAAAGUUUACACCGCUCGCUGCAUUACAUCAUAGUGUCAGCUAAAUAAAAGACGUGGCUAUGUCGUUGGAGUUUAUUUUCUUGAGUUGGGGCUCCACCUGGAGGCGGUCUCGCGCCGUUACAAGAAGCGCCGAAGAAGAAAGGCGAGACGAUGGCGCCUUUUUGCUCAUGAAAAGUCUCCCAGAUAGCGAGCAGCUUCUGGAUGUGACAUUUUACAGGUCUUCCAAGCCUUUUUUUUUGGUCUUGCGUCUUGACGCCGGAAACUCUCUGCGCGGCAUGAGCGAGUUUCGUAUCCAUCACGACGUCAACGAGCUGCUGAGCCUGUUGGACGUGCGAGGAGGCGACGGAGCGGAAGGCUACAUCGACCUUCUGCAGAAGCACCGCGCACCUUACGUCACCACCACGGUCUCCGCCCACGGCGCCAAGGUCAAACUAGCAGAGUUCUCUAAGACGCCGGAAGACUUCCUGAGGAAGUACGAGGAGCUGAAAUCCAAGAAUGUCCGCCAGCUGGACCCGCUGGUCUACCUCCUGUCCCGCCUGUGCGAGGACCCUCAGACUCUGCGGCGCCUGCAGCAGAACGCCAGAGAUCGAUCCGAAGCCGGGGCGCCGCCGGCGGCGCCGAGCGCCACGGCCACCGGCGCUACUGUGAUGUCCAUGCGGGAGCUGGACGAGCUGCGUAAGAAGAUCGGCAACGCCACGGCCUUGUCCAGCGCCCCUCUGUCGACGGAGGUGACGCGUAAGAUGCUGCGCGACAAACACAACAAGAAGAACCCGGCUCAGCUCCACCCCGUCUUUCCCGGCUGGGCGUACGAGCGGCCCGCCCUCCUGGGGGACUUCGUCGCCGGCCCCGCCGUCGCCGCCGUCGACUCUGCCGCGGGUGAGCGCCGUCCGACGCGACGCCGGAGCGGAGCCUCCCGUUUUGAGGCCGGAUUUCCGACAGGUUCUCUGGCGCCGGCGGCGCAGGAGCACCUGGUUCUGGAGGACCUGCUUUUCGUUCUGGUGGGCGUGGACGGCCGCGACGUGAUCUCUCAGCCCGUCCUGGGCCGGCAGAACCGCUCCUUCGUGGUGGACGCCGCGCUGGACGCGUCCGUCAAGGAGCUGGUGCACCGCAUCCUUCCCGUGGCGUCCUACUACUCGGCCGUCACGCGUUUUGUGGAGGAGAAGUCGUCCUUCGAGUACGGGCAGGUGAACCACGCGCUGACGGCGGCCAUGCGGACCCUGCUCAAGGAGUACCUGAUCCUGGUGGCCCAACUGGAGCACGUGCACCGGCGGGGGCUGCUGUCUCUGCAGAAGCUCUGGUUCUACCUGCAGCCCACCAUGAGGACCAUGGACAUCCUGGCCUCCAUCGCGUCGUCGGUGGACAAGGGCGAGUGUAUGGGCGGGGCCACGCUCAGCCUCCUUCACGACCGCACCUUCAACUUCACGGGCGACGCCCAAGCGCAAGAGGUGUGUCUGUACCUCACCAAGGCCGCCAGCGUGCCCUACUUUGAGAUCCUGGAGAAGUGGAUCUACAGGGGCAUCAUCCGCGAUCCCUACAGCGAGUUCAUGGUGGAGGAGCACGAGUUGCAGAAAGAGAACAUCCAGGAGGAUUACAACGACAAGUACUGGGACCAGAGGUACACCGUGGUUCAGCACCGCAUUCCCUCCUUCCUGCAGAAGAUGGCCGACAAGAUCCUCAACACAGGAAAGUACCUGAACGUGGUGCGCGAGUGCGGCCGUGACGUGACGUGUCCCGACGCCAAGGAGGUGGUGUACACGCUGAAGGAGCGCGCCUACGUGGAGCACAUCGAGAAGGCCUUCAACUACGCCAGCAAGGUGCUUCUGCGCUUCCUGCUGGAUGAGAAGGAGCUGGUGGCGCGCCUCAGGUCCAUCAAGCACUACUUCCUGCUGGACAAAGGCGACUUCUUCGUGCAUUUCAUGGACCUGACGGACGAGGAGCUGAGGAAGCCGGUGGACGACAUCGUCCCGCCCCGGCUGGAGGCUCUGCUGGAGCUGGCGCUGCGCAUGAGCACGGCCAACACCGACCCCUUCAAGGACGACCUCAAGAUCGACCUGAUGCCCAACGACGUGAUCACCCAGCUGCUUCGGGUGCUGGCCAUCGAAACCAAGCAGGAGAAAAGCGUGGCCCAGGCCGAGCCCGGCGACGCCGCCCUCAGCGGCUUGGAGGCCUUCUCCUUCGACUACGUGGUCAAAUGGCCCCUGUCGCUCAUCAUCAGCAGGAAAGCCUUGACCAGGUACCAGAUGUUGUUCCGCCACAUGUUCUACUGCAAACACGUGGAGCGGCUGCUAUGCAACGUGUGGAUCAGCAACAAGCACGCCAACCGUCACUGGUCGCACGCCGCCAAAUGGUUCGCGGCGGCGUUUGCGCUGCGUCAGCGCAUGUUGAACUUUGUGCAGAACAUCCAGUACUACAUGAUGUUUGAGGUCAUCGAACCCACCUGGCACCUGAUGGAGAACAACCUGAAAACGGCGUCCAACAUCGACGACGUGCUGUGGCACCACACCGGCUUCCUGGACAACUGCCUGAAGGACUGCAUGCUGACCAACCCGGAGCUCCUGCGCAUCUUCUCCAAGCUGAUGUCGCUGUGCGUCAUGUUCACGGGUCGCAUGCAGCGUUUCGCUCAGAACCUCAGGCUGGAGCGACUCUCCCCGGAAGAGGGCCCGGCCUCCGACGCCGGCUUGGAGGCGUCCAUCGUCAACUUUGACAACAACUUUAGCGUUCUGCUGCUGGACCUUCUGGACAAACUCAGCAUCUUCAGCACCAACAACUGCGAGCACAGCAUGAUCAGCAUCAUCUACAGGCUCGACUUCAACGGCUUCUACGCCGAGCGCUUGGAGAAGAUGGCGGUGGAGAGAAGCCACAGAGCGACCACGUAGAACCCCGGAAAAAAUCUACUCACAAACGGCAUCCAUUUCUUUUAUUCCGCCUUGAAAAACAAUCCGUUAAAUUAAAAGGAUUUUUCUGCCA